AUGUCGGAUCUCAUACGCGAAGCGUGCAGGGAUUCCGGAUUCUUUCUGGGCCGGAGUGGAGGCAUUUGCUCGGCCUCCGGUGGUGGGCUGCGCGGUAAAAGCACUCUGCGCUCACGGCCAGAGCAGGCACCGCUGGUGCCUACGCUGCGGGAGGCGCAGGACCUUUUAGUGGAGUCCUCGGAGUAUGGUGCGCAAGCGGACGCAUAA